AUGAAGCCGAGCAGCGAGGACGGGGCGGCGCAGGCCGGGGGCCCGUGGGAGGAGUGCUUCGAGGCAGCGGCGCAGCUGGCGCUGCGGGCUGGACAGAUCAUCAGGAAAGCCCUUUCUGAGGAAAAACGCGUCUCAACAAAAACGUCGGCCGCGGACCUGGUGACAGAAACAGAUCACGUGGUGGAGGCUCUGAUCCUGCAGGAGCUGCAGCAGCGCUUUCCCUCCCACAGGUUCAUCGCGGAGGAGGCUGCAGCUGCUGGGGCCAAGUGCGUGCUUACCCCCAGCCCCACCUGGAUCGUCGACCCCAUUGAUGGCACCUGCAACUUCGUGCACAGGUUCCCGACAGUGGCAGUGAGCAUUGGGUUUGCUGUGAACCAGGAGCUGGAGUUCGGGGUGAUUUACCACUGCACAGAGGAGCGGCUGUACACAGGCCGGAGGGGCCGGGGCGCCUUCUGCAACGGCCAGCGACUGCGCGUCUCCGGGGAGACAGAUCUCUCCAAGGCCCUGGUUCUGACAGAAAUCGGGCCCAGACGAGACCCCACGACACUGAAGCUGUUCCUGAGCAACAUGGAGAGGCUGCUCCGUGCUGGGGCCCAUGGGGUCCGAGUCAUCGGCAGCUCUACCUUGGCACUCUGCCACCUGGCCUCGGGCGCCGCCGACGCCUACUACCAGUUUGGCCUGCACUGUUGGGACCUGGCUGCAGCCACUGUCAUCAUCAGGGAAGCAGGCGGCGUCGUGAUGGACACGUCAGGCGGGCCGCUAGACCUCAUGUCUUGCAGGGUGGUUGCUGCAGGCACACGGGAAAUGGCGGUGCUCAUAGCUCAGGCCCUACAGACGAUUAACUACGGGCGGGACGAUGAGAGGUGA